GUCUUAGUUACCACUUUUGCAUUAUCCUGACUGCAAGACAGACGUCUUAUUUAUUCUUUUUUUUGUCUGUUUUAACGCUUCUUUAAAACAUAAGGGAGAAAAUUUCAAUACUAACACCGUUACAAAAUGCCGACCGAAAACGGCGCAACAUUUAUUGAAAAAAUUCAAGCAAAGAGGGUUUACGCAGACUGUCCUAUUGCAUCAGACAAUAGCGACAAGUCGCCGCGUUCCUCUACUGCUGAUUCGCAGGAAGAAAUGCCAACGGAUGAUGGGAGAACAGACACUAGCCGCCAAAAACAUAAAUCGACGGCACGAAAUUUACAUGGAAAGAAUGGCGAAAAGUCUAAAUGGAAUGAGUGUUACGAGGGAGGAAAUUUUGCAACUAUGGUCGCUGAACACCAGAGCGACUCUGGGGAGGAAAACGACAAAGUUAAUCCGUGCAUUGACAUAACUAAUGCAAACUUCAAACUGCCACUAGGAAAAGAACAACCACUUACCAACGAACAUGCUGAAACAAUAUCUGACUUGCCAUGCGAUAUCUUCUUCCUCGACGAGAAAGCAACCCUUCAGAAAUUUGAAACUUUCGAUCAAAUCUCGGGGUAUCUCGUGCACGCGUCAGUUCACGCAAAAAAUGAGAACACACAGAGGAAUCAUUUCCAAAAGUUGGUACAAAUUCCAUUAAGACAAGCAGAACAUUUGAUUACACUAGGAGAGUAUCUGUCACAAUUAUACGAAGACGAAAAACUUAUUGAUGUUGAAAUUGACAUACAAGGUAGAACAUUCUUUGCUCAUCGCAUUGCGCUCUGCUGCAACAGCGAGUACUUCUUAGACUUUUUCAACCGAAAUAAAAGUAACACGGUUCCAUUUGUGCUGAAAAUAAAAGGUGUCACAGUUGAUGCAUUUGCCGCAUUUCUGGAAUUCUGCUAUACAGGGGAAAUAACAGUUUUUCCCGAAACAUCGGCAGAUAUUAUUGUAAUGGCCGAGUUCUUAAAAGUUGACACUCUCAGAGACAGGUGUGACGAGGUCGCAAAAAGUCUGCCUCUGGAUCAGAGCUUGAAGAUGUUAGUGAAGACAAAGUCACGAUCGACAGGAAAAUUAUAUAAUGCUUUGUUUAAUAAGGUGCUUGGAGAAUUCAAAGCGGCUUCAAUGCUGGAUAACUUUUUCAAAAUGGACGUCGAACUCUUGUGUCGACUGCUGAUGUCAGACGAGCUGAUAGCCGCCUCAGAGUUUGAAGUGUUUACGAUUGCCAUUCGCUGGAUCGUUCAUGACGUAGAAAGUCGUGUAAAGUACACUAUGCGGAUAUUGUCGCUCAUCAGGUUUUACUGCAUGACCCAGCUCGAACUGCUGAUGUGUGGUGAAACUACUAGUCUAGUCCGUGGAUAUGACAAGUUCCGAGAAAUGAUUCUCGUUGCCAACUGGAUGAAGACAGCAGACAAUCUGAAGCGUGAUGAUCCCUUCCAGUUUUCGCGACCAAAACCACGACUUUGCUUUCUCAACCCGGCGAAAACGGUGACAAAAUCUGACCACGAACCCAAGCAAGCGUCCGACCUGACGUUGAUGAUGCCGCCACCACUGAUGACGUCGACGCCAAAACCGACACCAAGACCGAAGCGACCUUCUUCAAACGAAAAUGUUAAUGCAUCAAACUGUGUUGACAUUUUCGUCGUCGGGGGAUUUGUUGCCGACGAAAGCAAACAACAGUCAAAGUUUGUGGAAAAGUAUGACGUCGUUGAUAACCAAUGGUUGCAUUUCCUCCCGUCUGCCCGCACCAUAACCCCGCCAUGCUGUACAUCAUCACCUCUGUCUUAUCGUAAAUACAAAUCAGCUCUAAUCUUUAGUCAUACAUAA